AUUUUCGAGACCUUCUGAUCUUUCCAUGUCUUCCAUGUUCUUGUCCUUUUGUUGUAUUUCUUCUUUCUUUUCUUAUACUCUUUGUAGAUGGAUCUGAAAGAGUGAAGAAAACACUUUGUUUUGUACACAUGACAGCACUUUGGUUCCUUAUUAUGGUUUCUUGGAUGUUUGUCUCAGUUCUUCUCACAAAGUAGAAAGAAAGAAAAUGCAUUAGGAUAAUGUGGUCCUAGAAUAACCAAAGCAAGUAGGGAACGUUGGGUAGAUGCAGUAUCUUGAAAGAGAAGGGUUAAUAUUUUUAUUUCAUGUAUUUUAAGGUGUCUCUAUCUCUUUAACUAAAAGCUUGCAAAAGCUUUAGAGUAAAUGAUGUUUUCAGCAUUGUUUGGUCUUCAUGAUAGAGUUCAUUUAUGGAAUGAGCUUUCUUGAACAAAGAGAUGUGCCAGUGUGGCUUCUAGGAAGCUGAGUGACUCAGAAAUCAGCCACUUCAUCUGGUGGGUCAUGUGAAUGGCAUAAUGAAAGGUUGAUUUGUCUGAGUAGAUGCAGUCACUUACUCAUGUGGUAAGAAAGUCAGAUCGCUUGGUUACAUUCCCUUUGGUUGAAAGAGUUUUGCAGUUUUGGAGUUGGCUGUGAUCCAAAACAGUUGUGCUGGGGUUUUGCCUGGUCUCAGCCUUUGGAGGGCUUGACUUUUAAUGCGGUUAUCUGCAUCUGUGCAGGCUCAGUCAUGUGAAGGACAGAUUGCCUGUUUCCCCGAAGUUAACUCCAAGCUGACUUCUCACUGCAAAUGGACAGUUUGUCAAAGAUGAGUCUAGGUGGAGCAGCUUCUUGCUAUCUCAGCUAUGGAAGGCCAACUUUGUGCUAACUUGGAGAUUUCCGUGGAAAAACCUCCAGGAGCAAGUCCUCCGUCCUUCAUUGCUUUGCUGAAGGUAUAUCGAGAACUUCUGGUCAGUAGAAUCCGAAACACACAGUGUUUGAUUGACAACUUGAUUAAGAAUGACUACUUCUCCACUGAAGAUGCAGAGAUUGUUAUCCAAUUUCCAACUCAAGCAGAUAAGGUUCGCAAAAUUCUAGACUUGGUUCAAAGCAAGGGAGAAGAGGUUUCAGAAUAUUUCAUCCAUGUCCUGCAGAAAGUCACUGAUGCUUACUAUGAACUUCAGCCUUGGCUGGAUGAAAUAGGUUACAAGCCUUCAGAGAAUAUUUGUAGUAAACCUGUGGUAAAUACAGAUCCAGUUAGCAGGUAUUGCCAGAAACUCAGAUAUGAACUGGGACGGGACUCCAAGUUUGUUAUGUCAUACGCUCAGAGGGAAGAGAUGCUGCUUGAAGAAAUCUACUCCGACAAUAUUAUGGAGCUGGUCAGUUUUACCAAUGAGAGUCUAGGCAAAGUGUGUCAGUUAGAAGCCCUUUUUGAUGAUGCAGUUGGGCUAAUUAAUGAAGAUGGAGAGACUAUUUAUGUCUUUGGUGAUGCAGGAAUUGGAAAAUCCAUCUUGCUGCAAAAGAUACAAAGCCUUUGGGCCAGAAAAGAAUUGGAGAUAGGGGCCAAAUUUUUCUUCCGUUUCCGAUGUAGGAUGUUUAGUUGCUUUAAGGAAGAUGAAGCCAUAUGUUUGAAAGACCUACUCUUCAAAUAUAAUUGCUACCCAGACCAGGACCCUGCAGAGGUGUUCCAUCACAUCUUGCAAUUCCCUCAUACAGUUCUUUUCACAUUUGAUGGCUUCGAUGAGAUCUAUUCCAACUUUGAUCUCAGUAGUGUGCCUGAGAUGUGUUCACCCAAUGAACCCAUCCACCCCCUGGUGCUGCUGGUAAGCCUUCUCAGAGGAAAGCUUCUUAAGGGAUCCAAGAAAAUUCUUACAGCGAGGACAGGGACUGAGAUCCAAAGAAACAUCAUUAGAAAGAAAGUGUUGCUCCGUGGUUUCUCCAGCAAUAACCUGAAGGAAUACACUGCUACAUUUUUCAAAGAUGAGGGGCAACGAACACUGGUAUUGAACCAGUUGGAAGCUAACCCCAAUCUCUGCAGUUUGUGUUCAGUGCCUUUAUUCUGCUGGAUUAUCUUUAAAUGCUAUGAACACUUCCAUUCCAUGUUUGACAGCCACGAGCUUCCAGACUGUUCUGUUACAUUGACAGAUGUAUUUUUGCUCAUGAUUGAAGUCCAUCUGAACCGAUCUCUGAAAACAAGUUUGCUGAAGAACAACACCAGGAGCCAAGCAGAGAUGUUCAAAUCAAGAAAGGAAACUCUUCUAGCUUUGGGUAAAAUGGCAUACAAAGGGAUGGAGAACUCUUUCUUUAUCUUCGAGCAGGAGGAGGUCUCAUCAGUAAACAUCUCUGAAGGAGAUUUGCAAUUGGGCUUUCUCAGGACAGUUAAAGGUUACAGUGGCUGUGACAAUCAGUGCACUUAUGAGUUCUUGCACUUAACCCUUCAGUCUUUUUUCACAGCUUUGUUCCUGGUUAUGGAAGAGAAAGUGGGUGCAAAGGAUUUACUUCAGUUUUUUAAUGAAUGUUCUUCCACUGAGACUGCCCAGCCUACUUGCCUUCGUAUUCCUUGGUUGAAGAAACAACUAGCAGGGAAGGAUCCUUUCCGAAAUAAGGAACACUUUCAUUUUACCAACCUGUUUCUUUGUGGUCUGCUUUCUAGAUCCAAGCAGAAACUCUUUAGACAUUUAGUUUUGCCUGCAGUUAUUAAGAAGAAGAGAAAGACACUCAUCACGUACCUUGGGGAGAGCAUGAAAUCCCACCUGAAAGGUGUCACUCGGUCCAGGCUUCCAAACUACAAUCAGGUCCAGGUCCAGCCCAACUUUGUUUGGAUGCUGAGGUGCCUUUACGAGACUCAGAGUGAGAAAGUGGGGAAGUUGGCUGCCAAACGCAUGCACGCCAAUUACAUCAAGCUCACAUACUGCAAUGCCUACUCUGCUGACUGCAGUGCUAUUUCCUUUGUUGUGCAUCACUUUCAAAAGCGCCUGGCUCUGGAUUUGGACAACAACAACAUCAAUGACUAUGGAGUAAAACAGCUGCUACCUUGCUUCAGCAAGCUUGCAGUGAUCAGGCUCAGUGUAAAUCAGGUCACAGAUCAUGGAGUAAAGAUCUUGUAUGAAGAACUCUCCAAGUACCAAAUUGUGACUUUCUUAGGCUUGUACAACAAUCAAAUCACUGAUGUCGGAGCCAAAUAUGUUGCAAAACUAAUUGAAGAGUGUUCAAGCCUUGAAUACGUUAAAAUAGGAGCAAACAAAAUAACUAGUGAAGGAGGGAAGUGCCUUGCCCAAGCCAUCCAGAAGAGCAAGACAAUGUUUGAAAUUGGGAUGUGGGGUAAUCAAGUUGGAGACGAAGGAGCAAAGGCAUUUGCAGAGGCCCUGAGGAACCACCCCACAUUAACAAACGUGAGUCUCGCAUUCAAUGGCAUCACAACAGAGGGAGGCAAAAGUAUUGCUGAAGCUAUGCAACACAACAACUCUGUGAAAAUAUUCUGGUUGACUAAAAAUGAGCUGGAUGAUGAGGCAGCAAUGAGUUUUGCAGAGAUGCUGAAGGUCAACAAGAAACUGGUGCAUUUAUGGCUUAUCCAGAAUCAAAUUACAGCCAAAGGGGUGAAGUACCUCAGCGAAGCUCUCAAGGAGAACACAGCUAUUAAAGAAGUGUGUUUGAACGGGAACCUGAUAAGCCAAGAGGAGGCCAAAGCUUUUGAAAAUGAAGAACGGAUCAUUUGCUUUUGAAUGAGGAAUUUCCUAUUGUGACAAGCUUUGUAUUACAAAGGUUACUGCUACACUUGGACUACAGAGUUUAUAAAGGUGUAAAUCUGAAGUGCUCAUGGCAGGAGAGAGAUACAUGAUUAGCUGCCUUUUUAUGAACAUGCUGCGCUCCCUCAGCUCCAUCCCUUACCCUGCCUGUUACUCUUAAUCCUUUCAGUGAGUGGGAAGUUGCCUGGGUAAAUAAUUAAUGCUUGUAUGGUGCUUUGAAGAUGAAAUGCAAAGUGUUAACAGACUAAAUCCACUGGCAGGUGUAUGCAUUUUGAUACCUGAGUUUAGGUUUAUUCUGUACACUGAUGUAAAUAAUCUCUAACUUAUUUAUAUACAUAAAUAUACACGCACAUAUAUAUGCAAGAAAGGGUGCAAGAUGCACAAGCUCACAGUAUUAUCUGCCUCUUAACUGAAAAUGAAUAUACAUAGCUUUACUGGAAAUAUAAUCCAUCUGUAACAGUUGCAUGGUACCAAUGUUUUCAACAUGGAAUACCUUUCUCCUGCCUAGAAAUUAGGCCCUUAUUUCUCCACUGACUACAGCCAGCUUUGUAGAUGCUGCGCUUUUUUUUUGCCUUUUUUGGGGGUUUUUUUUUGAGAAGUGGAUACAUCAGGCUCAGAUUACUUUCAAUAAUCUUUUUUUCCAUAUUGAAGCCAAUACAUUUUCUUUUAUACAACCAGAAAUCUUUACUGCCGUCACUGUGAAAGCAUAAAACUAGCAGUAAAACACUUUUGCUUAAAAUUUCCUGAGGGCUGCACAGAAACUGCCACCUCCUGUUUUCACAGUGUUUAUUCUGGGGAGGGGGUCUGGAGAUAAAUGUGAAAAAUUAAUUAGCAGGCUGUUCAUUGCCUUGGCUCUUGGCCUAGACACUGUGCUGGUGGCAAUACACCAAUAUUAAGUUGCCUAGCUUCGGUGGGGAGAAAGGACAAUUGAAAAUCAAUUGCGUCAAGUAGAAAUCCCUUCUCCCAGCAACAUGUAAGCACAGAGAAGGAUUGAGAUUUGCUUAGAAAGCUUUUAUUCUGUGCUUGAAUUAGUAGAAAGUGCAAGGCAAGGGGCAGGUAGCAAUGAUAAGGACCAGCAAGAAAACAUUAUCCCUCCCCAAAAUAAUUAGUGUUUAGGACCAGUUUGGAGUGGGGUAUUUGGCUUUGUGUGUGUGUGUGCAAAUUAGGCAUGCUUUAUAAAGGUAAACUCAAAUUCUACCCCACAGUGUGCACAAGGAACCCAAAAUGGAAAAGCAUGAUCCAUUUUCCUUCCUCUUCCCAUGUUACCAUCCCCCCCAAAACUUGGGAAACAAUUCCGCAGUUGCUGACUAACCCACAAAACCUUGGUAGGCUGGAAGAAGAAUCUCCAGUUGAAAUGCCAGACCAAUGAACCUUCACUUUCCCAUCUCCUAAAUGUGCCCCAUAAAGCAAAACAUGAAAAAAGGCGUGCUUUGUAGGUCAGAGUUUCUCUGUUUCCUACAUGGUAGCAGACCUUUCCCAGUCCCCAAUUCUGUCUACUCCCUUCAGCUCCCUAACACAUUUUAAAAUACUCAUAAACCUUUUCACAAAGCCAGCAGUUUAAAAAAAAAAAUAGAGGAAAACCAACUUAGUGUUCAUUAUUUUUCAGUGGCUUUUCCUCCCUGUCUGUUGUAUCAGCACUGAUUUUUCACAGGGAGACAGAUGAGGCUUUUCGACUGUGCUGGAAGAAAGCUAAUGUGAAUGAUUUCUGCACCUGAGCCAUUUGUUUACUGAAGCAAAAGGGCACACAGUUACAGAUGAGCUGGAUUUCAAUUGCAAAAACAGCUGCCAGCGCAAGGCCUUUAAAGACUUCUCAGCAACUUUAACAAAUUGGACACCCAUGCACCUUGUUAAAAUGUUGUUCCUGUUUUGCCAGCCUGCCCUUAUGGUGUGGAGGGGACACAGCUGCAGGAAGGGCUUUCACCAGAGGUGUCAUUUGCCUGUGUUAGAGGGAAGAAGUGUGCUACCAGUUUGCUCUAAUCACUGAAUUAUUUGCUCAUUUACCAGAUAGAAAAUAAUAUAGUGAAAAACUCCAGCUCCUGUCCUCAUUUCACUGAUAGACUAAAGCAGUACAAAAUGUCCCUGACAGCUCCCUCCAAGCUUUUCAAUGCAAACACUUCUGCCCCUUUUUUUUGGUUUAGAGCAGCCUUUGGAGCUAUUUGUAGCAUGACAAUAACCUCAACCCUGUUGCAAAUCCUGUUAUGGGCCCGGCUGUUAGAAGCCAGGCAUCCAGGGCAGUGUUUUCAGGGACGGGAGCAUCUACGGGGCUGCAGCAGCUAAACAUGGCCUCAGAGCGGCCGAUUACACCAAUUACAGUGCCAGUGACCGUGCCAGUCAUAGCCACUCAUUUCAGAGGUGAUUUCGGGCUGCAAGCACUCAUUUGGGCUGGGCUGAAGGUCUGAGCACAGCUCAGUCUGGCUUUGACAAAACAGGGGUUUCACAGGGUCCUGCCCCCAAGGCACCCAGGGCAGAGGGUCUGCAUCAGGCAAAACGUCAAAGCUUCGGGAAUAGUGCUGGGGAAACUGGUUGCUGCUUUGGGAGCAGCUGGAGUUUCCUUGUUGAUUGGCACAGCGUUUCAGGCUGCAGUUCUUUCUUCGUAGUCUUAUGGGACUAUUUGUAGAGCUCAUCAGAGCUACGCAUUUGCAGCUUGCAGCAAGAGCCUUGUUUACUUGAAUUCAGAGACAACUGUAACUUUUUUAAGACUUGUUUGUAAUUUGCUAAGACAUUCUCUGUACGCGGCAUUUUUUCCCACUUCUCCACUGUGAUAAUAAACAGCUUUUUAAAGAA